UCCCUAAUUUUUCCCCCUUUUUUUGAGAGAACAAAUAGAUAGUACCUACACAAGGAAUGCUGGAAUAGUACUGUUGACCCUCUCUCUUUUUUUCCUUUAUACUCUUUUUCUUCUCCUGUUUCUUAGGAUCUUAAGAAAAAAAUUUGAAUCUUUCCCUUUUUUUCGACAAGAAAAAGGAAAAGAACAAAAAAAAUGGAGCUGAAUAGUAAAUUCUUGCCUCAAUUCAAGAUUCAACAGCCUCAAUUCACUUGGGUUUUCUCUAAACAAGGGAAAAAUAAACCCCUUUUUGUUGUCAACAUUUUUAGCAGGGAGGCUUUUCCCGUUUCAUAUGAUAGAUGGAAAAAUAUUGAAGUACAUUGCAAUAAUGACCAAAGUAUCCGGCAGACACCCCUGUCAAAGCAGGACAAUGCAAAGUUACCCGAGCUAUCUUUUAACCGGCUGCAGCAGACUGAUGACGGGUACUGCGGACUGCAAAAGCGGAACUUUGGUCGUUUCAUUGCUCGUGAGGCCGUGCUGGAUGAAGAAUAUUGGACGGCAGCUUGGUUACGUGCAGAAGCUCAUUGGGAAUCUGUGUCGUAUAUGAGGCAUGUUGACGCAUAUAAAAGAAAGUAUGCCGAACAGGAGUUUUAUGCUUUAAAGAGAAGAUGUUCUGGUCAGGAUGGAAAUUGCUUGAAGUGCUUUUGUUUUGUUGCGGUCAAAAAGGAAGAGAAAAAUGUUAGAAGAACAGUACUUAACAGCGUGGUGGGAACUUUGGACCUGACAGUCCGACAAUUUGUACAAAGGGAGAGAUACCCAGGGGAAAUCAAAAAGUUAUCUACCGUAUUGGCAUGCCAAGAUCCCUUUGAUUCACAUAAAUAUGCUUACAUUGCAAAUGUUUGUGUUGCAAAGUUUGCUCGACGUCAGGGUAUUGCUUCAAAUAUGAUACAUUUGGCUGCUGAUGCGGCUUCCUUACAAGGUUUCAAGCAACUAUUUGUUCAUGUAAAUGCAGACAACAUACCUGGCCAGGAACUCUACAAAAAAACUGGCUUUAAGAGAAAUAAGUUGGAAUAUGAAGGACGCCAGAUGGAAUGCCGAAAAAACUUAUGGAAAUAAAGCCGCACGAGCUUAGAGAAACCCAAGUUUCCUGGUUUGUAGGAGCUAUUAUAUCUUGUCACUUGGCAACACAUCAUGCUCAAAAAGUAUAAAUUUCGCGUAUAGCAUAAAGUAACUGUUCGCGGAGUUCUAUUUUAUGAUUUCUUUCGCAUCACUUCAAACAAAUAGAUUAUGGUUACACUUAUUUUGAGCUUUGUUCUUUGUGAACGAGUUCAUAAUGUUUGAAGCCUUGUUUAUAUCGCGCUUCAUAAGUCAUGAUCUAUGCUUUAGAUAAAUUCAUUUGGAAGUGUAUUCUGGUCAUAUCACUUCGGUUAACAAUGUUAUUCAUUCAAAGAGCAAAAUGAUUUUAAGGUAAUAUAUAUAAAACGAGCGUUUAAUGGUGGCAUUCAUUCUAGGAGCAAAAAUUGUUAAAUGUAAACUUUAUGAAACGAGCCCUUACACUUCUGAUUCUGCUACAUUACGAAACCCAAGAGUUUAAGUUAUGUGCACUAAUAGUAUACAGAUUUUUACUGGUUAAGUUGACCUAAAACACGAGGUAACUUUUUUACAAUGUAUAACUUAAAUCCUUUUGAAAAUGCUUACUUCAUUUAUCUUGUUCUGUUUGAUAAUCAUGCAACAGUCCAGCCCGCUAGUGAUAUUGUUCGCUUUGGGCCUAGGCCUUCACGGGUUGAAAGCGCGUCACUAGGGUCUAAGACUUGUUAACUUAUAUAUCCAGCAUCCCUCUUGUGUUUUUGCCGAUGUGGGACUCCGUCUAAAGUCUGGGGUGUUACAAAUCAAUUCUUUGAUGUAUAAAAGAGGCGAGUCUUUUGACUUGCUCUGUCAUUCU